CACAAGCUCAAGCACGGCGAAGUGCGGCUGUUUGUGCCCACGCAGCGCCCGAGCGUGGAGGAGAUCGACGUGGGCAGCGUCAAGUUCCGAGCGUGGGACCUGGGCGGCCACCGACAGGUGCGCGCAUGGUGGCGCGACUACUUCGUAGAAGCCGACGCCAUCGUGUUCGUUGUUGACUCUUCCGACACGGAGCGCCUGAACGAAGCCAGAGAGGAACUGGCGGUUCUGCUGGCGGAGCCGUCGUUGAGGGACCUCAAGGGCCUGGUCGUGUUGGGCAACAAGUCCGACCUCCAGGGAUCUCUCAACAGCGACCAGCUCAUCUCCGCCCUCGCGCUCCAGGACUCCAUCGAAGAGGGGAGGCCCAUCGGCGUGUUCCGUUGCUCUCUGGUGGAUGGCACGGGCUACCUCGACGCCUUCAAGUGGCUCGGCGGUCGCUUGUGA